AAACGUGUGAAACUUUUAAAGACCGAGUAAAAAACAAAUAAAAAUCUGAGCUGGGUUUCAUAGAUCCUUCUUCAGAAAUCAGAAUCCUUGCUCGUUAAGGAAGACCCAAACAGGGAAUUGAUUCUGUUCGAAACUCGCACCAUGUCGAUGCUCGAUUCCUUCUUCAGCAAGGGUUUUAAGGCUGCCAAAUGUAAAACUCUGCUGAAACUGACAAUUCCACGUAUAAAGUUGCUAAGAAACAGAAGAGAGAUUCUGUUGAAGAAUAUGAGACGUGAAAUUGCCAAGCUACUUGAGACUGGCCAAGAAGCCACUGCGCGUAUUAGGGUAGAGCAUAUUAUCAGAGAGGAGAACAUGAUGGCUGCUCAAGAGAUCAUUGAACUCUUUUGUGAACUUAUCGCUGUUCGCCUUCCAAUAAUUGAAUCUCAAAGGGAAUGUCCCCUAGACUUGAAGGAAGCCAUAUCUAGUGUAUGUUUUGCUGCACCAAGAUGUGCCGAUCUGCCAGAGUUGUUACAGGUCCAGUUACUAUUUGCUACGAAAUAUGGGAAGGAGUUUUUAUCUGCUGCAACUGAGCUCAGGCCAGACUGUGGUGUUAAUCGCCAGUUAAUAGAGCUGCUGUCAGUUCGUGCUCCUUCACCGGAAAAGAAACUCAACAUUCUAAAAGAAAUUGCUGUUGAGCAUGAGUUAGAUUGGGAUCCAGCUGCUUCAGAAACUGAGUUCUUUAAAAAACACGAAGACUUACUGAGUGGCCCCACCCAAUUUUUUAGUGGAUCAAAGUUGCCGCUUCCUGAAGAAAAACACAAUGAAGAAUUGUACUCUGCUGAUGAUACACCCAAUAAUGAACAACCUGAUUCUGAUUCUGGCUCUGACACAUUAGAAUUUCCUGAAGUUCCUGCGGUAUCAGUCCGGUCUAAUGCAAAUGUUGCCACAGCUCCAGAAAUGGUUACACCUCCACCUAUGCCACCCCCUGAAGUUGAUCUUCAUUCAUCAAGCCAUUCUGGAGACUUUUCAGAUCUAAAGCAGGAGCAAGUUGAAGAAAUAUCAACUGUUCACAAAGAUGAACCCCAUACUUCAUUUGGUGAAAUGGGAAGUAAACAGUUUGUGCCAUUCAUAUCCCCUCCAACAGUAUCAUCUGGAUCAUUUUCUGCAAGACAUAGUGACUCACCUCCCUACUUAUCAAGCACAAAAUCUGAAGCCAAUGUGGACUUGCAGGAUGUUUUGGCUGCUGCCCAUAAUGCUGCUGAAACUGCCGAACGUGCUGCCGCUGCAGCUCGGUCAGCAGCUAGCCUUGCUCAAGUCCGUAUUAACGAGCUUACUAAGAAAAAAAAUAGUGAACAAGUACCAGACAGCAGCUCUGAGAACCCAUUUUAUACAGGUGGUGAUAAUAAAUCUACUACAGAAAGGGGAGAUUUCACUGAGCACAAUACUGCAGGUAACUCUGAUGACAGUGGUAGAAAUGAUCUUGAACUUCACCAUGAUCAUUAUGCUUCCCCAGGCUCUCAUUCAUCAAGUUUUCCUUCAUUUGGUACACUGAAGGAAGAUUUUUAUUCUUCCCUACCCAAUGAUCAUGUUUUGGAUGACAAAUCCUCUAGUCACCAGCCAAAGAGAUUACCUUCAAUGGAUGAUGAUUCAUAUUUCUCCUACCCCAACCUAUUUACCUCACAAAACUCAAAUGUUGCAUAUCAGACUCACUCAGAUAAAUAGCCGUUCCAAUCAUGAUCUGUGACAGGGAAUUAUCAUUCAACCACACAUUUCCUCAUAUGACUAUGCUGUCUUGCAAGUGUGUUUUAUGCUGCUGUAUAAUUGAAUCUAUUAUUUAUUUUUAUUUGUUUUGCUUUAUUUUCGAAGAGCAUUAAAUUUCCGGCUUUAUUGUCUACAUAGUAUGGCUGGCUUUUCAGAAUGAACGGGCACUGCAAGUAAUUAAUUGCUUUAGUUCAGGAGCCUUCCUGUUUGUGGCUGAGGCUGCAAUGAAUGUAUAAAUUAAAUAGUGUUGGAAUAAAUGCUUUCAACUUCAUUUUUCUUUUUAUUUGUAGUGCCAUGUAGAAAUCCCAUGCUUGGUAAGUUAGGUCACGAGAGGAUACUAGACAUGUAAUGCAUUCAUGUAAAUGCAUUCAAAACUACAUAUGUAAUUAUUGUAAUAUUGUUGCAUGU